CUAUGGUCGGGAGCGGUCAUGCUUUCGGCGCUCCUGCUAUAUUUUCAAAAGCUUUCUUGUUUAACUGCACUUUCGAUAGUUUUGAGCUUUUACAAAUUCAGUAUGAAGAUGAAAGGCUUCUACUUGGCAAAUAUUAUGUUGUUCUGGUUGAUUAUGGGGCAACUCUGGACUAUUAAAGCGACAAUCUGUGAAUAUUGUGGCAAAGAUUUUAAAUCUUUGGGGAGACACAUUUGGCGAUGCAAAUCUCGCGUUGGUCAUCCGUCUCAUGCUGAAAAUGAAAGGCAAAGUAAUAUCGAACGUUCGUCGAAUACAGAAAGGACUGACCACCAAGUCAAUAUCAAUGUUGACGGUGAGCUGGUGGGUGAGUGUGCUAACUUUAGAUGCUAUUGUGGCCGUAUGUUUUUAAGCUAUCGCUCGUUGAUUUUGCAUCGUCGAUCAUGCUAUAUAGGGAAUAGUAGCGGCAACCUUUCGGACUUAUUUGUUGAAGUGAACAACCCUAAUUUGAACGUAGCGGGCGAAGUUUUGACCGAAAUGCCUAGUGCUAUUUUUCCAAGUCAAAAACCAUCGCUGUUAGUUGGAGUUAAACUCCCACGGUCGAAAUCUGAAUGGGACAGGGCAAACGAAUAUUUUCGUAUGCAGAUAGACACUUCGAGGGAACUAGGAAAUUUGAAUAUGGAAAUCGAUCAUUUGAAUGGAACUAUGUGGGCGUAUUUUAGUGCCAAUUAUGGCCAAGUUAAAGCUAGGAACGAAUUCAAUCACUAUAAUAAUAUGUCAAAAUCAAAGCUAAAGAAAUGCCUCAGAAACCUUAAACUUCAGAACGGCAAACUGGAAGAAAUAAAAUAUGUCAGUAGACUGUUGCGGAAGAAAUUGCGGUCACAUGUUCAGCGUAAUUAUGAAGAAGAAUUAAGUAAAGAUUUUUGAAAAUUUUGUAAAAAAGAGUUUGAAGAAUCAGAGACACAAGAACCAAAUUUUGACGAAUCGUCCUGCUAUGAUUAUUUUAGAAAUAUUUUCUUCGAAAAGCAUAAAAACCGAACAUUCAACCUUCCCUCUUGGCUUAAACCAUUUCCAGUGCUAUCGAGCAAUUUCGACCUGGAAUGUCCAACUUACCAAGAAAUAACGAAAAUAAUUCGGAAAAUGAAAAGUAGUGGUUCUCCUUGCCCUAUUGACCAAAUAGGUAUUAUUCCUUUUAAACGGUGCCCCAUCCUGAGAACACAGCUUUGGAGACUCCUCUCGAAAUGCUGGACCGAAAAAUAUAUUCCGACUAUCUGGAAACGUGCUGUUGCGGUACUCAUUUACAAAAAGGAUUCACCUGACAAUCCUGCUAAUUUUCGCCCAAUUGUUUUAGAGCCAGUCAUGUUGAAAGUUUUCACCUCUGCGAUAAGGAACAAAAUUUUCAAAUUCGUGCGCGAUAAUAAAUAUAUCGAAACAAACAUUCAAAAGGGUUUCUGGCCAGGCUUGUCUGGUACAGUUGAACAUACCGAACUGUUAAACUAUUUAUUAAACCACGCCCGCAACAAGCAGCGGUCUAUCAUUGUCACUCUAAUCGAUCUUAAAAACGCAUUUGGAGAAGUGCACCAUAACCUGAUAAAAUCUAUUUUAAGAAGUCACCACAUUCCUGACGAAAUCAUUGGUAUGAUAGAAAACCUUUACACUGAUUAUGGUAUCUCAAUCUUGACGAAGAAUUUUAUAACCAUACCGAUAUCUGUAGAACGCCCGUACUGCAGGGAGACUGUUUGUCCCCCUUGCUUUUCAAUUUAUGCGUGAAUUCACUCAUUAACACGAUAAAUGAUGAAAGGAUACAGUGCCUUGGUUAUGUUAAUGAGAUUAUAUCCUUAAACCCUCGUCAUUGGUUCCAAUUCGCGGACGAUGCUGCAAUUAUAUCUGCACAUAACGAAGACAAUCAGCUACUGUGUAAUGCAUUUAGUAAAUGGUCCUCUUGGGCAGACUUAUAUAUCCGAGUAAAUAAGUGCCACACUUUUGGGAUCAAAAAGUUUGGGACAAAAGCAGUCCAGUAUAAACCUACUAUAAAAAUGUCUGGUCAACAGGUUCCCCCAAUCGAGGACGGUGAAAGUUUUAUGUAUUUAGGUAGACAAUUCAAUUUUGAAAUGGAUUGUACUGAAACCAAAAUUGAGAUCCUUGAUAAGAAACGUUGCAGAGAAGAUUCUGGUAAAGAAAAACCUUAACGAAAUUUGGUCAAACUUUGUUGAACUAAAAGAACAAUCCGUGAUCAUUACCUGCUUAACUGAUACUUGCUAUAAGAAGAUGAUUAAAGUAUGGCACGAAAUUGUCACUCGAAUGCCCAGCAAUAUAGUAUGCUUUGCUAGGAGAGCGUUAAUUUUAAGUUUAGGAAAUAAUUCUAACCUAAAGCGCUGGAACAUUCGUGACUCCGCCAACUGUGAGCUGUGCAACAAGUUACAAACCCAGCUACACGUUUUUUCCAACUGCAAGGUAGCCCUAGAACAACAACGCUAUACUUGGCGGCAUGACUCGAUUCUGAUGACUAUUAUUCAUCACUUAAAAGUCGCAGUUGGUGCAGAUCUUCGACUGUUUGCGGACUGUCCUAAUUCAGGUACGACCUGUACUUCAACUUUAUUUCGAACGCUAAGACCUGAUAUAGUGGUGGAUUUUAAGGGUUCUGUAUAUGUGGUUGAAUUAACUGUUCCCUACGAAACCAAUUGUACGAAGGCUAAACGUCGCAAGAAAGAAAGAUACAGACAUCUAAGAUCUGAGCUGAUCACGGCGUGUUAUGCGUUUGAAGUUAUUACACUUGAAGUAACCACACUAGGGUUUGUGUCGAAAGAUAUUGACAGAUUUCGUAGAUUAUUACGAACACUUGAAAUGAACGACGAACGUAUUAUUAAAAAAUGUAUGGAGGUAGCUCUGAGAGCAACAUUCUACAUUUACUGCAGAAGAAACAAGCUGUGGAAUAACCCAGACUUACUGAAUUUUUAUUAGCUACUAUUGAUACAAAGUGUAGAGAAUGGACCUAUCUGUCUAAUAUAGUGAACUGUUUCUCUAUUUUCCUGAUUUAAUUGAAAGUCUAAUUAUGUGAUAUAUUUGUAUAAAUUAUCAUGUUAUUAAUAAAGACUUCUGCUGUUUAAAAAAGUUAUUAUUAUUAUUAUUAUUAUUAUUAUUAUCGUGCUCAAAUGGUUCCUUAUAUGUGGUUGAACUCACCACUGGUUAUGAAACAAACCUCAAAAACAACGUAAAACGGAAGAAGGAUAAAUAUAGAGAAUUAUUGAGACAGCUAGGUAAAAAUUUUAACCAAGUUAAAUUUAUAAAUCUCUCCAUCAGCUCUUUAGGUAUUUUUGCAGAAGAAUGUUAUACAUUUUUAGACAUGUUAGAUAGUAUUGGUCUUGACAAAAACCACCAAAUGUACUGCGUUAGGAAAAUGAUGACUAUUGCUAUUAGAACUACAUAUUACAUUUUUUGUUGCCGAAAUACGGGAAUGGGAAAAUCCGGAUUUACUAACAAUUUGACUUAUCUCAUUGUAUAUAUAUAUAUAUAUUGCAUGCACUUUGUUCUGUUAUUUUAGUUUAGUAUAAUUGUGAUUCAAAUAGCCAACCGUAAGUUACCUUUAUGAGAGAGAUUUACGAUUGUAUAUGUAUGUAAAGAAAAACAUUUAAUAAAGUUUCCAUUAUAUAUAUUUAUUAUCAAAAAGUCACAAAUUCCAAAUUAUUUACAGUUAAAAAUGUAGUUACUUGUCUAUUUUACUGAAUAACUUAAUCUUUCUCUUCAAUCAAUUCCGAUAUCUUAAUAUAUUUUGUCGUAUAUCCAUAACGAUAAGCCCGGCGAAGGAACUUGUCUAUACGAUCUAGAUAUUUCUUUCGAUUGCCGAACCUCAUACUUCAGUACCAUUGUAAAAUAAUGUCAUAACUAGUGAAUCAAAUAAUUUGCUUAGGUGAUCUCUGGAGCAUCCAUAGCACCUAUAUAUACCCUUAAUAUAUAAUAUAUACGCCCGCUAGCUUUGGACAGAUCGUUAACAUGAAGAUACCAAGAGCAUGGAUUAUCCUGAAAAGUGGUACCCAAUAAUUUUAAUAACCAACUCUUUUGUUCAAUGCCUACAGUAGUGUUGGUAAGGAUUUCGUUGACCCACUGUGCAUGUACAACCAUUUCUCACGUUUUAGAAAUAUUCAAUGUAAUUUGAUUUGUUUCCGACCAAUUCUGAAUUCCGUAGCUUCAGGGGAUGCAAAAUCCAAUCCUGAUUUUACUGACGGGCACUUGCCGUUAUAUCAUCACCAAAUUUAACCAAAAGGUUGUUUUUCGCAUCUACGGUUUAAUUUUAUGUCAGUUUACUAGGAGCGAAAAUAGAAACGAGCCCAAAACCCUACCCUGCGGCACGCCUUUUUUAAUGUCAACGUACAUUGUCUCUAUGCCAUCAACAACUACUUUUUGUUUCCUAUUAGCCAAGAAACUGAUGAUCCAGUGUGUAACAUAAGGGUUAAUUUUAGGUGUUUUCAGUUUUUCACAGAUAGGCUAAUGUUAUGAAAGACCGAAUUGAUAUAGGAUAGCUUUCUCGAAAUCAAAUUAUAUUACCCCAACAUACACCUGCACCUUCAUCUAACCACUUAAUAAGCCAAUGAUGUAAACACAUGAUCAUGCAAUUCAUCAGUUGUAAUGGUUCCUUCUUUAUAUGCAAAUUAGUCCUGUCCGACUACAAAUUUGAAUGCAGAUGACGCAAUCUCCUGUUUAUAAACUACACCUUUCAAAUAGUCUCAUUAUGAUGUUUGUAAGCGAUAUGUAUCUCAACUGGCUGCACUCUGUUUUAAUUAAAGGACAUUCUUUGGGUAAAGGAUUGACCUUGGCAAGUUUCCACAUGAGAGGGAGUCAUUGCAGCUCGAUUGAAAGAUUGAACAGUUUAGAAAUUAUAGUCGCUAAAAGAUGAUAAAAUUCUUUCCAUAGCCAAUAUAGGAGUCCAUCAGGACCUGGGGCUGUUUGUUUUACUUUCAUUAAAAAAAUUACGACAGUAGGCUCGUCUAAAUCUUCAACAGUGAUAAUAAUUUGGUUUUGUGUCUAUUUUUAGGCAGUCAAACUAAUAAACAUCAUGGCUUAUUUGACCUUCGUUACUGCACUUGUACUUCUGGUUGCAAUACAAUGUACAUCCGUCAAUGCAUGUGGUCGUAGGAAACGACGCAACGACGGUAAGCAUGUGGGUUGGGAUACGCGGAUACGGACAGACGGAUGGACGGACGAACGGACGAAACAAAAAGAAUAGAACCGAAUGCGGAUAGCCAACAAAAAGAAUAAAAUGCGGAUGUCGGACAAAUAAAAUAACAUGCGGAUGGCGCAAUAAAAUGCACAAUACUGAUAUAAUUCUUCUUUGUACAUUUUUUGUAAUCAUUAAAUCAUUCAAUACACUAGUGUGUUUAAUAAAAUCAUUGAAAUAAAAGCAAUGACUUUCACGGUGUUUGAAUGAUGCUGCCCAUGAUGGAAAGAUAAUACUUUAAAAAUCACAAUAGCAGUUUACGACUGCGCUACAUACUGUCUCCCUUGUCUUCUAGUCGAUAAACGUCCAAUCUGUAUUCUAUCACUAAGAUCAAAGCAUUGACGGUACAAAGUGCCUUAUAUUUAAUGUCGAUAACUCUAAAAUAUGAUAUAUCUGGAAAGAAUAAUACUGUUCUGUUCGUACUGGCUUCUUAGCCGUUUUGCUUCGUUGUUGCCUCAACAAUAUUCCCUUUUUUCCAGAGACAAAAAUCACAGACUAACACUGUUUUAUUUUAGAUUAGUUAUCCGGCAAUAUCCGCACUUAAUCAACUAAAUGCAGGGAAGUCGUUCUCUGACUGAAAACAUAAGGCAAGACUGCAACAUAGUAAUGGCUAGCUCAAAGCUUGUUCUGACUUAACACCUAUUUAAUUUAUUUUUACGCAGUAGAUCACUAGCAAUGCAGUAAGUGGUGUUGCAAAGAAUAUAUAUUGAAGUACAUCAAGGGGCGUCGCUAGCCCUAUUUUAAUGGGAAGGUGGGUGGGGUGGGGGUGAGUAAAAUUUUGCCGAGUCAUCUCAACCACUAAUUAAAAUUUCUUUUCUCAAAAGUAUUUAGUGUGGGUGUGUGUGUGGGGGGGGGGAGGGGUAAGCAGCUAAAUAUAAAAUAACACAACAGAAAACACCAUUUACAGUUAAUUUAACCAUACAAUGCAAUGCAAUGCGACGCAAUGGAACGCAACGCAACGAAAUACAAUCCAAUACAACACAAUAUAACCAUACAAUACAAGUAUAUAGUAUGUAGCGCAGUCGUAACUGCUAUUAUGAUUUUUAAUUAACGAAUUUUCUAUCAUGAACAGAAAAAUAUUGUAAAUUUCAAAAUUUAGUGAAUAUUGAUUCGUUAAUACUUCCGGAUCCGUCGUUCGCCAAAAAGUUGACUUGCGACAAACUUCUCAUUUUGAUAUGCGAAUGCACCCAGAAGUAUGUGAAUUUAUGAACCUAUUAGUUCAGUCUAUGCAUGCUCACUAGUACGUUUAAUUUUAGUACGAUACAGUUCUAAACAAUCUUUAGGGUACAUUCUGUGAGUGGUGAAUUCUAAGUUUUGAAGGAUUUGUAAGAAAUGUUUGAGGGAACUGACCCAGUGUUAAACUCUCAAUCAGUCCCUCAAACAUUUUUUGCAAAUCCUUCAAAACUUAGAAUUUGCCAAUGCAAAAAAUUCCAACUAUCAUCGGCACAGAAACUUUGAUAGUAUAAACCAGCUUUUAGUUUAAAAACUAUCGUAGCUACUUGCUCUUGAAAAUAAUAAGUGAUGUCCAUAUUGAUAAAGCAUACGGAUAAAGCUAAUGUUAAUUCGAGCUUACGGAUCGAAAGCAUUGCUAAGUAGAUGAUCGUCAAGUUUUAAGAAGCAUACAGCUUCCAACAAGCUCAGGUCAAACCAAGUUGAGAGUUGAUUGUUAGCUUCGUUUGACCGUAGUUAAUGAAUGUACAUGGUCAGGAAACUUUUGAAAUUUCUUUGUUCUAAGUUAUUGUGUACCCUGUGCAGGGUUAGAUUCUCACAGUUGAUCAUUCUUUUGUGUUGUUAUUGUUUCACAUGCAUGCAUCCUUUAAAUUAAACGGGUUGUUGUUAUUUUUCCAAUAACAUGUUUGAGAUUAUUUUAAAAAGAAAUUUCGAACCGUAAGCCCGCGGAUGAUGAGAGUUGUACUGAACUGCCGCUCAACUUUACCGCGGCCACUUACCAACACUCAUGCUUGUUUGAUCCAGACGUUAAAUACAAUGGUGCUUUUCACUCGCUAUAUAGGCACGCCUUACUAUCUUGGGGAAAUGAGCUUACCUGACGCAAAAAAGGGGAAACGGAAACGUGACAUCAUAUGGCCAUGGACACUGACUCACAGUAUGAUCCGGUUUCGUGGCAACGUUUUCGAAUGGGGGAUCAACAAGACCUACUACAUGAAUCGUAGUCCAAGUUCGUCUCAAAUCUGGUGGCACCGGGGAGCCAAAGGCCAUAGCAAAUGCUUACUCAGUGACGUAAAGAGUUGGACCAAAGCUUACGGAAGAAGUAAUACAUACCACAUUCUAGCAAACAACUGCCAUAUGUUUGUUAAUCGACUGGCAAAGUACCUGAACACUAACUGCGGACGUUGAUAAUUGAUUAAUCAAAAUCUCUGAAAUGGCUUAAAGGACAUUGAUUUUUGGAACCGACAGUUUUAAUUUGAUUAAUAGUUUUUGAUUUUGAGGUAAACAUACCUUGAGAAAGUUUUGAUUUUACGGUGUCAAGUUUAUCUUGAUAAUGUACGGAAUUAAUGCAAAUGUUACAUGUAGUAUGAAAAAUAUAUAAUCUCAGCAAAUUCUGA